AUGAUCUUGAAAACAUUAUCUUCUAAAGCGGCCGCCCAGCUCGAUGCAGACCUUAUGUCCUCGGGAGCAUUCUCCUUAGACCAAUUGAUGGAAUUGGCUGGACUUUCAGUGGCAAGUGCUGUUUAUAAGCAGUAUCCUCCAACCCCAGCCAAGAACAAGUUGUUGGUUCUUGUGGGUCCCGGCAACAAUGGCGGUGACGGGUUGGUGGCUAGCAGGCACUUGAAGCUUUGGGGCUAUGAUCCAGUUCUUUUUUAUCCGAAAAAAUCUACAAAACAGCCGUUAUAUCAACGUCUUGUUACCCAGUUGCAGCAACUAAAAGUACCAGAAAUCGACCAAUUAGACGAGGUGAAGAAAUUAGCGGGAGACUCCUCAGUAGUGGCUAUCAUCGAUACACUUUUCGGUUUCUCGUUUAAACCCCCUAUUCGACCACCAUUUGACGAAUUAAUUGGGUAUUUGGCUUCUUCUGGUGACUCGGUUGCUCCUAUCGUCUCGGUAGAUAUACCUUCUGGUUGGGACGUAGACAGUGGCCCCACAGACAACAACGCUCUUCAACCCAAAAUGCUCGUUAGCUUGACCGCUCCCAAACCAUGUGCUACCUAUUUCAAUGCCAAGGAUAAAGUGCACUACUUGGGUGGUCGGUUUAUCAAUGAUGAAGUGGCUGCAAAAUACGACAUUGCAGACUUGAUCGAUUUAUACAAGGGGGACGAACUAAUUGUCAAACUAUAG